AUGGACAUCCAUGUGGAAGAGCAUUGCAUAAGAAAGAAAGGGGAAGCUACACAACAACAUCAGUCAUCUCUGGGGGAACGAAUCCAAAGUGGGGAAAGCCUAAUAACGCUGACAAGUCUCCUUUCAAAAGACGAAACCGAGUACCUGAGUCGCUUGGCGUCGGCCGCAGCCACCACCCAAAGAACAAACAAGUCGAACAAUUGCACCCUGGACCACACAUUGCAGGUAUGUGUGGUUCGAAUGCCGACCUUGGCAGCGGCGAGUCGAGAAAACAGCCGGGGAAGAGCUCCAGUGGCUGGUCUCCCUGAGACACUAUCCCUUUUCCUAGAAGAAAUCCUGGAAAGAGCCCUCAUCUUUAUCGAUCAAGAGAUCUGUCCUUCCUUGAAGGAGACUCUUUUUGGCAAACAGAAGGAUGGUGGUGUGACGUCAAUCGCUCAAUUAUUCCUCAACAACCAGCUCGAAUAUUCCAGGCGCGAACCUGCUGUGAAUGUCUAUUCAGCCCCCAAUGGGAAAUUUAGCAUGCACAAGGAUUGCCAUGCCCUGACUCUAUUGGUGCCCUUGUCGGAUCCCAUUCUUGAUUUUACAGGGGGCGGAACAGCUUUUUGGAGUCAGUCUUCUCCUACCGAAGGACAGCACGAUCCUUCCUUGGUUAUGAUCCCUCCAGCGGGCACUGCCUUGCUGUUUGGAGGAUGUGUUAGCCACAAGGGGUUGGCAAUUGAAACGGGGACCCGUGUGGUAUUUGUAGUCAGUUUCUCGCGCCUUGGAUCGAAGGACAACAGCUACCAAAUAUCAUAG